AUGAAGGAAGGAUUGAGCUCAAAAACCCAUACAGGUUUCAAACAACUUGAGGGAUUUGACAUUGAGGGACUACCAUCUGCUGUCUGGCCAGGAGGUGAAACAGAGGCGUUAACAAGGAUUGAAAGGCAUCUGGAGCGAAAGGCUUGGGUUGCAAAUUUUGAAAGACCCAGAAUGAAUGCCAAUUCUUUGCUAGCCAGUCCGACUGGCCUGAGUCCCUACCUCCGUUUUGGCUGCCUCUCCUGCCGCCUCUUCUAUUUCAAACUCACAGACCUCUACAGGAAGGUAAAGAAAACCAGCACUCCUCCACUCUCCCUCUAUGGUCAGCUGCUGUGGAGGGAAUUUUUCUACACUGCCGCCACCAACAACCCAAGAUUUGAUAAGAUGGAAGGCAACCCGAUCUGUGUGCGCAUCCCCUGGGACAAGAACCCAGAUGCUUUAGCCAAAUGGGCUGAAGCUAAGACAGGUUUUCCAUGGAUUGAUGCCAUUAUGACCCAGCUGAGGCAGGAGGGCUGGAUCCACCACCUGGCCCGUCAUGCUGUCGCUUGUUUUCUCACUCGUGGAGACCUGUGGAUCAGUUGGGAAGAGGGCAUGAAGGUGUUCGAGGAGCUCCUGUUGGAUGCUGACUGGAGUGUAAAUGCAGGCAGCUGGAUGUGGCUCUCCUGUAGCUCUUUCUUUCAACAGUUCUUUCAUUGCUACUGUCCAGUGGGUUUCGGCAGGCGCACUGACCCUAACGGCGAUUUCAUUAGGUUGGUAAUGCUUCUAAAAAUACACACUAAUUCCAGGCUGAAUAUCAUGCUUUCCCUACAAGGCCCUUGUUUAAAUGCUAGAAUCGGUCCUCUAGGCAUUGAAUGCAGCACUGCCUAUGCAAGAGAUGAGAGUCCUGGCAUUGAGAGAGAGUCGUACCUUUGUCCCAAUGAAGUCAAUCACGGUCCGCAGGAUGUGACUGUUCCUGGCAAAAGGGUUCUAGUCUCUUUUGGCAAAAUGAGGGGGCCACCCAGCAGCAGAGGACAGUAUACUGCGUUUCUCCUUUGGCGGCUAGCAGGUUUCUCUGCCUUGGCAUGGGAUCACUGUCGUCUCAAAAGCGAUCAGUGGCAGUGCGAGGGGCAGGGAGAGAACCUGAACCUCUCACUCAGCCCUGAGUUUCGAUUUGUUGAAGCCGGUGGGAUGGGGUUGUGGGAGGGUGCUCUGUCAUUGGAUCUGGAGGGAUUGGGAGGGCCUGGUCACUGCCUCUGCUUUCUAAUACGUGUUGUAGUAGGAAUCUCCGUAGUGUCUCAGCACAGGCGGGACCUGUUGUCCAGUUUAAAAACUGACAUCCUGAAAGCACCAGCUGUAUCAGGCGGUUCCAGUGGUAAAAGGAGUGGAAGUAUUCUGCUGAAAUUUGACAGUGAAAAGCAGCAGGGACCAAGUGGAAUUCAGCAACAACAGCAGCAGCAGCAAUCAGGAUACCAUCACAUGACCGACACAGGGCACAGCAGUCGAAUUUACAAAUGUAAUGUCUCACACGACAUGACAGGUCCACAACAUUCAGCAGGACACAUGCUGCACUCAGGAGGAAGUGUGACUGGUAAGAGGGCGCGAGAGUCGGAACGAGACCUUGACGGUGAAGAUGACACCCUCUCCACCUCUCACAAGUUACAACGGCAAAUUGCAGAGGUCACUUCAGUUCACAGCGGGAAGCAGUCGAGUAUGAAGAGUUAGAUGGACAUAUCAUCGUACUGAGCAGAACAGAUUCAAAACAAGGUGCAGUCUGAAGAGGACUGACUUUAAAUCUGGUUUCCUUUAAACAACUCAUGUUUGGGAUUUUUUUUCUUCAGUUUUUCCCUUCUUUUACCUUUUUUCUUAUGUUCAGUUGAUAUGAAUGGUAACAGAGAAUUCAUUUUUAUCAUUUAAUGAAGUUCAGUUGCUUUAAAAAGAAGUUACUGAUUUUACAUCCAUUGACAGACAAAAAUGGCCAUAAAAAGAUUUUGUCCUUGUUUCCUUGGCAAACCCCUUUCUCUUUUGCCCAACUUUGCACAGGUUAGGGUUUUAUUUACUGUCGAGUGAACCGUACUGUACCAAGUGGUAUAUAUUUAUCAGCUUUUAACAAGCAUGAUAAAGCUGAGCUUCAUUGUACACUCAUUGCAGCUAGGAUUUUGAGUAUUUUUACAGUUUGGUUGGCACCAGUACCAGACAAUUUCAAUUUCACUUAUUCUCAGUAGAGUGGUGUACGUGCGACUUUUUGUAAACAGAAAAAUUUAUACAGGUAUAUUUUAUAUAUUGGUGUUUCGUUCUUUGCUAGUUCAGUGUAUUAGUGUUUACUUAAAAAUUCCAUAUAUAAAUAAAUAUUAAAUACCAGCAGAGCUGACAUUUUAAAAUAGGGUUUAAAGAUUUCUAGAUUUUAAAAUCAUUUACUUAAAAUUAUUUUGCUUAACUGAUUUUAAAUUCAUGUUAUUAACCUUGAGCCCAUUUGUCAAUUUUUAUUAGGGACAGAGAGCUGCGGUGGAAUGCAGUUCUUGAAUGUUUUUAAAUGGUCUACAAUGGCCCAUUAAAUGCAUCUGUAGAUUAGCUACAGUAUCUUCUUCAUUGUCAUGCUUGGCCGACACACACAGACAGCUGAUCUUCAUGGUCAGGCCUUAAACACUGAUUAAAAACGCCAGCUAAACUCUGCCAAAGCCAGGAAAUGACACUGGAAAAGAAAAUUUUCCUAGCUCAACACUGAUCUCUAUGGUACAUCUAUGAAAUAAAGCUUUACGUAU